AUGGCUGAAUUACUAGGACUGGGAUGUUCCCACGGCCCAAUCAUUCUGACCCCUCCCGAGGUAUGGGCCAAGGGCAGGGAGCGGGUAAUGGCCCGCGUACCGAAUUACGAACCGCCCGCCCAGUUGAUUGAAGAAUUGGGCGAUGACAAUGGACUGAGCCAGGACAUCAGUGACCACAAGAAGGUCGUCGAGUCGUUCAAGGUGCUUCGGGACCGUCUCCAUGAUUGGAAUCCGGACGUCCUGAUGGUAAUCGGCGACGACCAGGCGGAGAACUUCCUGCAGGACAACCUGCCUCCCUUCUGCCUGUACACCGGCGCCGAAGUUGACGGCUAUCCCUUCCAGCGCCCCGCGGCCCGUACCAACCUGUGGGACGCCGCCCCGGAGACGAAGUUCACCUUCCAGUGCCCCAAGGACUUUGCCAGGGGAAUGCGCAACUUCCUGAUCCGGGACGGGUUCGACAUGUCCUCUUCCAGCGCCCUCAAGGGGUGGGACUGGGGCCUGGCCCACGCCAUCAUCAACCCGCUGGUGUACCUGGACCCCGACGGCAAAUUCCCCCUGCUGCCCCUGUUCGUCAACUGCUACGGGGAAGAGGCCGGGCUCGAUUACCCGCCGCGGCCCACGCCGAAACGGUGCUAUGAACUGGGGCAGGGCAUCCGCAGGUUCCUGGACACCAGGGACGAACGGGUUGCCGUGGUUGCCUCCUCCAGUUGGUCGCACAGUUUCCUGGCCCACAGGUUCCAGUGUAUGUCCAUCGACAUCGAGACCGACCGGCGUUACCUGGAUAUGCUGCGCAAGGGUCAGGGAAGCAAGCUGGCGGAACUUACUCCCGAGGAACUCCAGGAGUCUGGAGACCACGAAAUCCUGAACUGGAUCAUCGCCCUGGGCGUACUGGGCGACGUUCCCGCGGAAAUCGUCGAUGUGCGUGAGUCCCAAACCCAGCUGGCGUACCGCGUAGCUGCCAUCUGGAACUGA